GGCCGCGGAGGGGCCAUGGCUGCCGGCAGCAUCACCACGCUUCCCGCACUGCCCGAGGAUGGCGGCGCCGCCUUCCCGCCCGGCCACUUCAAGGACCCCAAGCGGCUCUACUGCAAGAACGGCGGCUUCUUCCUGCGCAUCCACCCGGACGGCCGCGUGGACGGCGUCCGCGAGAAGAGCGACCCACACGUCAAACUACAGCUCCAAGCAGAAGAGAGAGGGGUCGUGUCUAUCAAGGGAGUGUGUGCAAACCGGUACCUUGCUAUGAAGGAAGACGGACGGCUGCUGGCUUCUAAGUGCGUUACAGAAGAGUGUUUCUUUUUUGAACGACUGGAAUCUAAUAACUACAAUACUUACCGGUCAAGGAAAUACUCCGGUUGGUAUGUGGCACUGAAACGAACUGGGCAGUAUAAACUCGGAUCCAAAACGGGACCUGGGCAGAAGGCCAUACUGUUUCUACCGAUGUCUGCUAAGAGCUGAUUCACUUUAGAAACUAUUAAUGAGAGAAACGAAUGUACGCAACUAAGUUUGGAUGCCUGGAUAAAAACUCAUUAUGUAACAGUAAGACACUUAACCGUUACCUCAGUAAAGAAAAGCAACAAUUUUUGGAAAAAGUUUAGAAUUCUCCCUUUUAUAGCUUUGGUUGUGACCCAGUGAUGAUUAGAGCCACAAUAUUCUUCAUUUAUUUUCUUUAUUAGAAAAGAGGACUUAAACCUAUGUGCAUUUACAAAUUUCCAUCGUGGAAAUCACGUAUGUGAGCCAGGUAUUAGCCGCAGACUGUGUCCACCUUUGGUUCACUCAGUCUGUCCCCAUUGUGGCUGUGUAACUCUCCGGCAGUUCCCUGUGAUAGAGUUUGUAGAACAGGCCUGUGUACACUGCCGGGAGUUCCUCCAUGCUGAGGUCAAUUUUGUCAAACCCUUCCCUGUGUCCAUAUAGCAAUAGCCUGGCUACCCUGCUGGUGAUGGGGGUUGUGUUUUUAGUCCUAGCCAGGUUUUCUAGGUCCAUCCAUUCGCACUUCAAGCAUUCCUGCUGGCAGAAGUUGAUAGCGAAGGAACACGGCUGCAGGCGGCAGAUCAGGUACAAGUCUGACUUCCCGAAGGCUCCGGGGUGCCUGUGCUGUUGCCGGAUGCUCAGCAGAGACCUGAAUUCUGACUUCACCCCAGUCUCUUCAAACACCUCUCGGACUGCUGUGUCGCCUACGUGAAAGAGAGAAACAAAGAGAUUUUGUUCCUAGAGAUGCUGUCAAAGGUUUUCAGUGAAAAUCUGGAAGGUUAAAAGCAAAGCUUUGUCUUUGAACUGCUUUCCUGACAUUGUGAGAUGCACUUUGUAUUUAAGAUGCCUCUGAGACACUGAGGGUCUCCUUGGAGGCUAUGCAUGCAUCACCACAUCAUCUUAACCUCUUCCUGCUCUGUUUCCCAGAGACAAGAAGACACUUGCAAACAUAGCUGCAGUUAACCUUCUGCUAAAUCCUUCAGGAAUCUGUAGUGCUGAGCGUACUUGAGUGAGCUGUGAAUUGACUCUGACUUGUUUGUGAUCGAAGCCCACUGCCCCACAGGGCAAGGCCCUUCACCAUGGUUAUGCCCGCUCCUAGCUGCCGGUGGAGCCUAGCCUGAUUUGGAAACAGCUUUCUCUUGAGAUCAGAUUCCAGAGAACUUGGGACUCAACCCUUCAACACCAAAAUGCAAUAGACCUGUUUAAUCAAACAUUUUCAUAAGGCUAGAAAUGCACAUAAUUUUAUAAUACAACAAGGUUUUCACAUUUUAUAAAUAUUUUUAAUUAAAUACAAAUUUCCAUGGCAGGACUUUUAUUGCCAUUAACAUAGGUUUAUGUCCAGUUUAUCUAGACACCCAGGAAGACUGCCUGAAUGGACUUCACUGGUUCUGAUGCUCUAUAGCUUCCUGCCCUAAUUGCUUUUCUGGUCCUCUUUAGAAUUAUUAUAGAUUAUUUAACACCUUCUAAUGCCUCGCUGGAUGUUUGCCAAACAGCACAUAAGUUUGUCUUGCCAGUAAUUCUACUGAUAAUGUCUAUGCAAUGAAGAGCUAUCAAAAGCACAUAGUUCCUGUGCACACAAACCAUAGACUAUCUUUCCUGCCCCCCUGGACACAUACCUGCCCCUAAGACAUGCUCUUGUUUCUAAGAAACAGUCCUAGAAAGGCUCACAGGAAUAACUUACUCUAAAACACAAGACAUCUAUCCACCAUUCUUUAAUUAUAUACUGACUUCCCUGUGACUGAGAUUUGUCCAUAGGUUAAGCAUGGUCAGAAAUUGCAUUUCAUAACUGAAAGCACCAAGACAAGGCAUACCUUGUCUACACCAUGUAGAUAUCUGCUUUGGCGUGUGUAAGAUGCUGGGUUCAGAUCCUGGUACCACAUAAUGAGAGGGAGGGAACAGUGGCAUCAAAGAUCAUUCUAGGCUCACAGUCUCUGGUAAGAAAAUAGUUUUCAUCUAGCAUACAAUACAUUAUUAAAUUUAUUAUUAAAAUGUGGCACUAGUCUUAAAUGUUUAUAUAGUGGCUUCUAACUCUUGUUUAAAUAUAUAGUCUUUAAUAUGCAUAUAUAUAUAUAUACAUAUAUACAUGUAUGUAUGUAUGUA